ACAAUAAACAAACACACCCAAAUUCCAAUGGCCAAUAUUUGCAAUUUGAUUUUUAAUUUAUAGAAAGCAAAUGGCAAUUUAUUUGGGUGCAACCUUAUUCUGAAAUUAGGGUUCUUGGAAUUCUUUUCCCGUUUGGCAACAACGAACGGUGCGGUUUUCCCCUGCAUCCAAACUGAUUCUCUGGCUUGCUUCCCACUCGUCCGCGGGUUAAUCAUUUUUUCCCGUUCAGAAUGCUGUACCUUCCAUUAGGUUGCUGUGUUUCUGCUUCAUCUGUCAUAUGGAUUGCGUGUUAUGUAAAAGCUUGUUCUUUCUCCAGUGUUUAUACUUCUCCCUAAUUCCGAAGCUCUUUUAGCUUGAGUUACACAAAGGAUCAACACAGCCAAAUAUACCAAAAGAAAAAAGUAAUGUCUGGAAGAAAUCGAGGGCCUUCGAUUCCCACCAAAGGAGGUGCCCGCGGUGGUCCUCACCACCUGCCUAUGUAUGAACCACCCUUUGCCAGAGGGUCCCAUGGGCAACACCCUCCAGUACGUGAAGAUAUGAGGGAGGCCCAUUAUAGUUUGUCUGGCUCCAGGCAGCGCCCUCCGCACCCUGCAGCCAUCAUAGAGGAGAGGUUGGCAGUUCAACACGAUGAUAUCCAAGCCCUGCUAGUCGAUAACCAAAGGUUGGCUGCAACUCAUGUAGCUCUUAGACAGGAAUUGGAAGCUGUUCAGUAUGAACUUCAGCGUGCUGACAAUUAUGGACGGACAUUGCAUUCCGAGAAGGACGCAAAAGCAAGGGAACUUUAUGAGAAAUCUGUUAAAUUAGAAAACGAACUUCUUGCUGCCAAUGCUAUGAGAUCAGAGCUUAUGAAGGUGAAUAUGGAUAUUAAAGAAUUAACUGCCGCAAGGCAAGAUCUUACUACACAGGUCCAAAUGAUGACUCAUGAUUUAGGUAGAGUUACAUCAGACCUUCAACAGAUUCCAGCAAUUAAGUCCGAAAUAGAAGGUUUGAAGCAAGAGCUGGAGCAAACCAGGGUGGCUACUGAGCAUGAGAAAAAGGCCUUCUCUGAAAGUUUUGAACAUGGUAAAAUGAUGGAGGGCAAAUUAGUCACAAUGGCCAGAGAGAUGGAAAAACUUAGGGCUGAAUUGGCUAACGCUGGAAAGAGAGCUCAUGUAGCCAAACCAGAUCUAAACCCAGGCUUGAAUUAUAAUGUCAAUUAUGGCAAUCCGGAUCCUGGGAAUCCCUAUAUCGGUUAUGGCAUGACACCUACAAACUCGAUACAUCCUGUAAGUUCCCAUGUACCUGCUGGUGCCGAAGGUUAUCCUCAGUAUGGACCUGGAGCUGGUGCUUGGGGUUCUUAUAUGCAGCGUACACAAGGCCCCCGAUAGUCCAUUCUGUACUCCAUAUGAUUGUUCCAGAUAUUAAGGAAGCUCGACUUCUUAUCAUCGUCCUGGAAACAAAAAGAGUGUCUGCAGUAGAUAAUGUCAUAAGCGUAAAUCACUGGAGUUUGCGCACUUGGCACCUCCGGUCCGAGUUGGUAUCCCUUGGCUUGGUAAAAGCUAUUUUUGUGCAGUUGUCGACGAUGAAUCCAUGGAUUCCAUUUAACCGGGGGGGAGAAAGUAUGAUGUAAUUCCUAUUGCACUACAUUUUACGUUUUGAAACCAACGGCUAGGAUUGGAUUUUAUCUGGGCUUGGCUAACAAUUACUCUUCAUCGUCCACCAUUAAUUAAUUCACUCAAUUGGCAUGUGAAACUUCUUAGCAUCUUACUUUGUAAACACUACACUAACUGAAAGUAAUGAAAAAGAAAUUGUCUGGCCUG